AGUGGUCACCCCUACAACACGGCGCUCCUAUGGUGUUUCUGACCAAAUGGAGCACGACACCAAUGCCUCACCGCCAGCACCUCCGCCGUUUCCUCUCAUCUGCCACCGUCAGAGCCCCGGCGCCGAUCCCCGCGCGGCGCGUGCCGCGGUCGUCCGGCACCUCCGCGCAAAGCGCCCGAAUCCGGGAGCUCGGCCGCCUCGGCCGCUUGAGCGAGGCCAGGGAGGUGUUCGACGCCAUGCCCUUCCACGACAUCAUCGCCUGGAACUCCAUGAUAUCCGCCUACUGCAACAACGGGAUGCCCGACGCGGCGAGGUCGCUCGCCGACACGAUCUCCGGCGGGAACCUGCGCACGGGCACCAUCCUGCUGUCCGGCUACGCGCGCGCCGGGCGCGUGGGCGACGCUCGCAGGGUGUUCGAUGAAAUGCCCCUGCGGAACACCGUGGCGUGGAAUGCCAUGGUCACCUGCUAUGUCCAGAACGGGGACAUCCCCCUUGCGCGGAGGCUGUUCGACUCAAUGCCGAGCAGGGAUGUAUCUUCCUGGAACACGAUGCUUACUGGGUACUGCCAUAGCCGACAGAUGAUGGAUGCAAGGAAACUAUUUGAACAGAUGCCAGAACGCAACAUGGUUUCUUGGAUGGUGAUGAUUUCUGGGUAUGUUCUGAUUGAGCAGCAUGGUAAGGCUUGGGACAUAUUUCGAAUGAUGCACUAUGAAGGAAUGUCACCAGAGCAACCAAACCUUGUCUCUGUACUUUCAGCUAUAAGUAAUCUUGGUAAUCUCAACAUUCUAGAGAGUAUCCAUGCUUUUGUCCAUAAGGCUGGCUUUGAGAGGGAUGUGGUAAUCAGCACUGCCAUACUAAAUGCAUACACUAGGGGUGUGGGUAUGCUUGACACUGCGGUAAAAUUCUUUGAAGGUAUGACAGAGAGGAAUGAGUACACAUGGUCAACCAUGAUCGCUUCACUAUCUCAGGGUGGACGAAUAGAUGAUGCUGUUGCUGUCUACCAAAGAGACCCUAUUAAGUCUGUUCCUAGUCGAACUGCAAUGCUCACAGGCCUUGCUCAAUGUGGAAGGAUUAACGAUGCGAGGAUUUUAUUCGACCAGAUCCUCGAGCCUAAUAUUGUAUCCUGGAAUGCCAUGAUUACUGGGUACAUGCAGAAUGAAAUGGUUGAUGAGGCAGAGGAGCUUUUUAACAGGAUGCCCUUUAGGAACACAAUAUCUUGGGCUGGCAUGAUUGCUGGAUAUGCACAAAAUGGGAGGAGUGAACAAGCUUUGGUUUUGCUCCAGGCGCUCCACCGGAAUGGGAUGUUACCUAGCCUGUCUAGUUUGACCAGUAGCUUAUUUGCUUGUUCAAAUAUUGAAGCUCUUGAGACAGGAAAGCAGGUGCACUCGCUUGCAGUAAAGGCUGGCUGUCAGUACAAUAGCUAUGUAUGUAAUGCGCUGAUUACUAUGUAUGCCAAGUGCAGAAACAUAGGUUUUGUGAGACAAAUCUUUGAUCGUAUGACAGUUAAAGAUACAGUAUCAUAUAACUCUUUAAUUGCUGCACUUGUGCAGAACAAUAUGUUGGAACAAGCAAGAGAUACAUUUGACAACAUGCCUGAUCGAGAUGUUGUUUCUUGGACUACUAUAAUAUCUGCAUACGCACAGGCUGACCAGGGGAAUGAGGCAGUAGAGAUGUUCAGAAGUAUGCUUCAGGUGCAUGAGUUACCCAAUUCACCAAUAUUAACGAUACUUCUUGGUGUUGGUGGAAAUCUUGGUGCUUCCAAACUCGGACAGCAAAUUCACACCAUUGCUGUCAAACUUGGUAUGGAUUCAGGACUUAUAGUGGCUAAUGCUCUCAUCUCGAUGUAUUUCAAGUGUGGUUCUGCAGAUUCCCUUAAGGUUUUUGAUUCAAUGGAGGAACAAGACAUUUUUACAUGGAAUACUAUUAUUACAGGCUAUGCUCAGCAUGGCCUUGGAAGAGAAGCCAUCAGAAUGUAUCAACAAAUGGAAUCUGCAGGAGUGUUGCCAAAUGAGGUCACUUUCGUGGGGCUUUUACAUGCAUGUAGCCAUUCUGGUUUGGUAGAUGAAGGGCGUCAGUUUUUCGAAUCCAUGAGCAGUGAUUAUGGACUAACUCCUCUGCUGGAGCACUAUGCUUGCAUGGUGGACCUUCUUGGGCGAGCUGGUGAUGUGCAAGGAGCUUUACAGUUUAUUUAUGAUAUGCCUAUUGAGCCAGAUGCAGUGAUCUGGAGUGCUCUUCUUGGGGCAUGCAAGAUUCACAAGAACGUAGAAAUUGGGAGAAGGGCAGCUGAGGAACUUUUCUCUAUUGAGCCAUUUAAUGCUGGCAAUUAUGUAAUGUUGUCAAAUAUAUACUCCUCCCAGGGGAUGUGGGAUGAAGUUGCGAAGGUGCGAAAACUUAUGAAAGAACAAGGUGUGAACAAGGAACCUGGUUGUAGCUGGAUGCAGAUAAAGAACAGAAUGCACUCAUUUGUCACUGGUGAUGAGGAACAUGAACAAAUUCAAGAUAUACAUGCUACCCUCUGGGAGUUGUACACUUUAUUAAAGGCUACAGGAUAUGUGCCUGACACAGAAUUUGUUCUCCAUGACAUAGAUGAAGAGCAGAAGGAGAGCUCACUUCUGUACCACAGUGAGAAGCUUGCUGUUGCUUAUGGCCUUCUUGUUACACCCAAGGGCAUGCCCAUCCAGAUAAUGAAGAACCUUAGAAUAUGUGGUGACUGUCAUGCUUUCGUCAAAUUUGUUUCCCAUGUCACCAAGAGAGAAAUUGACAUUAGGGAUGGGAAUCGAUUCCAUCAUUUUAGGAAUGGAAAUUGUUCAUGUGGUGAUUUUUGGUGAUAAAUUAUUCCACCACCAACAGGUCCCCUUCACACUAUCCCCUCACAUUCAGCAACAUAUCACAGACAAGCAUACAAUCUUAUUUGUUCUGAUGCCUUUGGGGCAAUCCAGUGAGGUAUUGAGCAACAGUUGUGGAAUGGAGUUGAAGCCAUCUGCUACCAUGGCUACAUCUGGAAUGGAGGUGGCUGGAGCCUGGAGCAACACAGACACUGGUUGUACGGCUGAGGGGAGGUUUUGAAGGCAGUCUCAUGGUUUCGUGCCGUACCUUAUUGGCGGUGAUGACCAGUAAUGACAGGAGCCAGAUGGCACUGGGCGGCCAAUUUCAUUGCAGUAAGGCUGAGCAGAACAAGGGAAAGGAGAGCAUUUCCUGCUGCUGCACGUGUUUUUGCUUUAAGAAAAGAUCAUCUCAACCUGAGAAUAUUGAAGGUGCAACUUUUGUUUCUUUGACUAGGCAAUAACAGCUUGAAAUAUGUUCUUUGAGGGUAUGGCUUUUGCUCGUGCUAACAGAUUUGCCAGGUGCAGGCAGAUUGAGGCAAAGUGAUGCUUCCACCUUUGAUGGUGCAGUGCAGGAGUAAUCGAGCUAUAGAGGUGGAUAUCAUAUCAAAAUUGACAAUACCUCAUUGGUAAAUUCAGUGGCCACCAGCCACUUUGUCAUCUACAUUUUCGUUAGGAAUGCUACUCAAGAAACUGUACACCUGCAGGCCGGCAGCAGCUGCUGAUGGAAAAUUGGAGAGGUUGGUUUUAAAGCUUAUAAUAUUUAUGCAGUAAUUCUUCAUGAACUUUUACAUGGUAUUUUCUUGGUCCAUGAAUUGCUUGAAAGUUCUUUUUAACUCUUUGCAUCUUUUCCUACUGCAAUUGCCCACACUAGUACACCGCUCUUCUAGAGGUGAGGAUAACACUUCGUCUACAGCAGCCAUCAAAUUUUGUUUGCUUUAUGCUUAACAGAACUGAACUAUAUCUAAAAAUUGACUUUUUUUUUUAGAAGAGGAGCUCGCUUGCCCCCGGCCUCAUGGAGGCUUAAAAAUUGACAUGUUUUCAUUUUUCAUGUCAAGAAGGGUCGAUGUCAGUGAGAAGAUCUGUUAGUCUUAACUCUUACGCAUCAUGAAUGGAUAAAGCUAUAUAUCCUCCUGCUACUCGAACUGAACUUUGGGUGUUAGUUGUGGUGAGUUAAAAUUUGUUGGGUAAGUUCUGUCUGUUACCCGGCCUUUAGGUUCGAUAUUAUUCCUGUCCAUUUCAGUUCGGUGUUCUGACCUGCUUGCCGAGUUUAGUAUUGAUCUGAAUCCCGCACUGUUCUAGGCAGCCUUUGCUUGUCAAAUUACAAACCGGUCACUGUUUUAUAUUUAUAUAUAAAAAAACAGAUACUGAAACA